UGCUGCCUGGAGAGACAGGAAAUUAGUCAAGAUGGCGGAGGCGGUGUUGGGGCCGCUGGUGGGGAGACUGCAGGAGCUGGUGAUGAGCGAGGCGCGGGCGAUGGUGGCGGUGAACGAGGACGUCCGGAGCCUCCGCGACAAGCUCAUGUGGAUGCAGGCCUUCCUCCGCGACGCCGAGCCGCGGCGGCGCGCCAACAACGACGAGCUCAUCAGGGUGUGCCUGCAGCAGACCCGCGACGUCGUCUUCGACACCGAGGACGCCAUCGAUCAGUAUUUCUUCCGAAUCGACCUCUCGAGGUAUCCAAGUUGGAUCCAUACCAUUGUCAGAGUCUUCCGCGACUUCUUCACACAAGUGCGUGUGCGGAGCGACCUUUCAAAGAGGAUCAAAUUGAUCAACACAAGGUUUGAGAGCAUCAUUGAUAACAAGGGCAAGUACAAAAUCGAUGAUGGAAGUGAAACCAUGCCAGUCACCACUUGGAGACCAUCCACUGCCAUCUCAGCUACUGCUGAAAAGUUGGAUGAUUUUGUGAUACCUUUGGUGGGACGAGCUGCCCAACUAAAGUAUCUGGGACAUGCUCUUAUUUCAGAAAAAACUAAGCACCCAAUGGCGAUCUCUGUGACAGGAAAGAGUGGUGUCGGCAAGACAAAGCUGGUGAAGGAGAGAUACGAGAGACACUCAACAAAGCGUUAUUUUGACAUAAAGGCAUGGGUGACAUGUGCACCCAAUCUCAAUGCCUCCAACCUCAUGAAGCUAAUUCUUCCGCGUUUGAUAGGAGGCUCUGUUAAGUGGUCCACAGAUGAUGAUCUCAGGACAAUGCUGCAGAAGGUGUUGAAAAACAAGAAGUACCUGUUGGUUAUAGAUGCUGAAGUCAGCAGCACGGAGUGGAACAUCAUGAUAGACUACCUCCCAACGGACAACGUCAACAGCAGAGUAGUGAGAAUCACACAAGCGGCCGAUUUGGAAUCGCCUCCACCCUACUUUGAAGAGGAAAAUAUUGAGCUUCAUCACUUUGAAGAACAAGAUAUAACUGUCGAGUUGUUCCUGGCAACACUCUUCAUGAGCGACAAAGAGAAGCAUUGUGGCGAUCUGGUCAUGGAGGCUGUCAAAACAAACCAUGCCAAGUUCAUCUUCGAUGUCACUGGUGGUCUACCACUAGCGGUUGUGCUCUUGUCCGGCCUUCUGCGGACCAAGGAGUACCCUGGAGAAUGGUGGAAGGUGUUCAAGCACCUCGAGGGCAACUCCAAUGAACGGAAGCGUCUGGACAACAUAUUGUCGAUGUGCUUCGAUGAUCUCCCACAUGGCCUCAAGUCUUGCUUCCUCUACUUUGUCGGCUUCCCGGCGAGCACACUUGUCAAGGCACGCUCUUUGGUGUGCAUGUGGAUGGCAGAGGGGUUCUUGAGACCAAAAGAGGGCAAGACAAUGGAGAAGGUGGGUGAGCGCUACUUGCAUGAGCUGAUCCAUAGGCGCCUCAUGAACCUUCCACCAUUGGAGAAUGCCGCUCCUGGAGAUGAACGGGUAACCGUCCAAACUAGAGUCCAUGACUUCUUGGUGCUCGAGGCGCAAGAGGCAAACUUCAUGGAGAUCCAUAGUGGUGAUGAUGUGCCAACACUGUCCACUGCUCGCCGCCUUUCCUUGCAGAAUCACAUGGACAAGUAUGCUGCUCUUGCUGAGCCUUUGCCCAAGUUGCGGUCCAUCAUGUCCAACUUUGAGAAAGAGUCCCAAGGCGGUGCCGAGACCAAGAAAGAUAUCAAGACCAAUGUUGGGGCUUGUAUCCCCUUCCCUCGCAAGGCCCAUGCCCACUCAAAUGAUGUCAUGCAGAAGCUCCUACAAGGAUCCAAGUUCCUUCGUGUCAUCUUCCUAGAUGGCCUCGAGAUCGGCAAAAAGUUGCCCCCAGAAAUCAGUAAUGUGAAGCACCUGCAUUACCUUGGCAUCACCUCCUGCUCCAUCGACGAGAUACCAUCAUCAGUCGGGAACCUCACACAUCUAGAAACGCUAGAUGUUCGGGGUACCUCUGUCACUAGACUUCCCAGGGAGUUCCGGAGGAUUCCAACACUGCGACAUGUGUUUGGAUCCAUCAUCUUGCCCAGGCGAGUCGGCAACCUAGAGCAACUACAGACACUACAAGAAGUAAAGCCCGAUGAAGAUGGUGGUGUCUGGGAUACAACAACCUUCGCCUGCAUGAAGCAUCUUCAGUCCUUGUACAUUUGGAACCUCCCCGACAAAAAUGCCCAGGCUGUCUUGGCAGCUAUCUAUGAAGUCAAGUACCUCGUGCUCCUAAGCAUUGAAGGCAAGGUAAUUUCCCUGGAGUUGUUCACUUUCUCCAACUUUACACGCCUUCAGGUGAUGAUUCUGAAAGGGAAGAUCGAGCCACCAUUAAACGACAGUAACCCGUUAUACUUCCGGAAAUUCUCAACUCUGACAAAGUUGUCUCUGAAUAAGACCAAGGUGUCGCAAUACUUCAUCAACAAACUAAGUGUUGAGCUUCCUCUUCUUGCCUCUCUAGCUCUACUCCCCGAGUCCUACGAGGAGCGAUGUCUUGCCUUCAAGGAUGGGUUUCAGAGUCUCAAAGAACUAAAGCUAGACCUAGACAUGUGUGUGGAGGAAAUUGUGAUAGAGGACCCAGCAUGUCCAUGUCUAGAGAAGUUGGAGAUUACCAACUACUCAAAGGGUCUUCAUCUCAAGGUCCGACACAAUAUUGAGAAAAUAAUCAAACACCAAGAUUACUAUCUCUAUAAAAAGAUGAAAAUAUGAAAGUACGCGACGUCGAUGUGGUGUUUCAUGAAGAUCAAAGCUCCUACUGAAGAUCAACCAUGUGAGGUUCGUACUAUGUGCAAUGUUUGUAUAACACGAUGUAUAUAUGUUUUAUUCUGUGUGAUUCAUAAGCUCGGGAGUGUUACUUGUGUCAAUUUUCUAAGCAUUCGUGCAUGCUCCUGAGAGCGAGAUGAUUGUUGUUUGUCCUAUAUCUCUGAGGAUUAGACUUACUCAGCAUUUCAAAUAUGUAUUGACUAUGUAAAAUAAAGUGGCAGAAACCGAUUGCUUAUGCCAGAGUUAAUAAAAUGAUUGAGCAUG